AUGAAUCAUAUAUGUGAUGCCCAGAGCCACCAGCAUAAGAAUGUAAGCAAUUCCUUGAUCGAUUGUGGUUCCAUCACUGGUAGGAGAAGGUGCUGGAGAAGGAAGAUCCUGAGCAUGACCCAAACGAGAGAUUGCCAUGAACAACAAAGUGAGAAGUGGGACGGCGACGAAAUUCACAGUCUUCUUUUUCCGGCGAGAAAAUUGUGGAAAAGUUGAGCAGAUAAAAGGGUAUGUGAGAAAAUGUGUUUUGAAGUGAAAGAAAGGUUGGUGCUAUUUAUAACAGUGAAAGAAGAAAUGAAGAAAGGAAGAAAAAGAGAAAAGAACUGUGUUUGAUUUCAUGCGUGGCGUCUGCCAGAAACUUCAACGAAACAGAUACAGACUGAGUUUCAAGACGUGGCAGCUGGUUUCGACUCGGUGGCGACUCGGUUUAUUAUUAACAU